CGCUCCCCUCGUGUCCCAGCUCCUCCACUCGCGCUGCUACAUUACGUUACCUGCUGCACUGCGAGAUGCAGUUGAUGCAGUACCGGCAUCCUUCCCACCGGGCGCACUGUAGGACUGACCAUGCAUCGCCAUCAGGAUCCGGCAGGUAUACACGGACGCACACAGGCACGCCAGGUGGAUGGAGCUGGCCACGCCUUGGCGGCACCGUCGUCGCUGGUUGGUCGCUUGCAUCCUUCUUCUCACCGUGUGCGAGACUUCGAGACCGCCAACAAUUAGCUGACAUCUCGAACGGGAAGUCUAUGCCGUCGUUUGUCGGUCUGAUGUGAUGCACGCCUGUUCCAGUCGUCACCGUUAACCAUCAACUUCCAGACGACUGCCUGAUCCCACUGCACGCCACUUGGUACUCGCGCAUCGCCUAUUACAACUGCCACUCUGAUCGCCUUUGCCUAUGACUAGUACACUCUACCCUCCCCCCCAUUCCAGACUCGAGCAGUAAGCUACAAGUCCAACUCUCCACUUUUUGCAUCCACCCCCCAAAAUCAGCCUUCCAUCCAAUCUCUCCCGCCCAGAUAGACUCAGCCAAGCGCCAAUCACAUGAAAAAUCCCAUUGCCAGGCCCCCUGUUCUAGGACACCCUGAAAAGUCUACACAAUAUAGUGCAGGCCCACAGGGCUGACGAGCAAUCGCCCUCGGACGAGAAAACGCGGCGCUUUUGAGGCCUUGAGAGAGAGGGAGAGAGCGGAGCGGGACCCCGGAACCUCGUGUUCCGCUCCGACGUCUGUUUGGCUUGCUCGCAUCCCCCACCCGCGCGCACGUCAAUUCGCCCGUCAUGACAGCUGCCUAAUCACCGUAUACACACGUACACCGUUGUUCCAGCUCCCGUGCGCAUCAAUGUUGGAAACACCGUACCGCUGCAGCCUGCACCCUCUACAUGAACGGUUACUUUCCCACGUGCGUGGCUUCGUUUUCGUCCGGAUGGCCUGCCUGCACGCCGUUGAUCCCUACCCCAACCUACCGGAAUAUCGCGAGCCCUAUCAAUCUCGGUCUGUCUGUCGAUUCCACACCUGAUGUAUUAGUGAUGCAUGCGCGUACGUAUGCACGUAUCAUCCUUUUCGCAUCCGUGAUUUCUCAUCGGUAUUCCUCGCAUCCAUCCCGACUCUUUCCUCUUGCUCCUCUGGUCAGUCCCGAUAAGUCGGCGCUUCGGUACCGCCUUCCUCCGUCUCUCCACCCCCAUGUCAAGAGCUGGCCUCCACAAGACGCGUAAAUAUGUACUCAAUUGGCUAUACGCGCCUCUAAUCUCCAACCGGGCAAUAUCACGUAUCAGAGGAUCAAUCUGGCUUCAAUGUACGAACAAGAUGACUGAUUCAUUAUCCAUCAUCUCACGUCACCCUUGCUCAAACCUUGUCUUCCCCGUCUUCUGUCCCCACCCUGCCCAAUCGCGUCCCGCCGUGUACGAUCAUCGUUACUCAUUUCCAGUCACUUUCUUGGCGGAGACUUGUUUGGGAACCUUUCCCCCACUUGCUAGUUGUCAUCUUUUCACUCAAAGUAUAGAAGCUUGCCAAACCCUACUACCCGGUACAUGCACAUGCACACGCGCAGGUAGUAUCAAUUUCGUAAAGGUGAACAUCUGCUUGGGUUGCAUGGCUUGCAUAGCGUGA